UAUAUGUGUGGCAUGCAAUAACAAGAUAUUGGGGUGGUGUUAAACCCGGGGUUUCAGGUAUGGAGCACUAUGAGUCAAAGAUGGCCUUCCCUGUCUCAUCUCCUGGAGUUGACUCGAAUCAACCAGAUGAAGCUUUGACAACCAUUGCCAUGAAUGGACUUGGCCUAGUGAAUCCUGAGAAAGUUUUUCACUUUUAUGAUGAACUCCAUUCAUAUUUGGCAUCCGCUGGUAUUGAUGGUGUCAAAGUUGAUGUUCAGAAUAUCCUUGAAACUCUUGGAGCAGGACAUGGUGGGAGGGUGAAACUUGCAAGGAAAUACCACCAGGCAUUAGAGGCAUCAAUCUCUAGAAACUUCCCUGAUAAUGGAAUCAUUUGUUGCAUGAGUCACAACACAGAUGGAUUGUACAGUGCAAAGCGUUCUGCUGUUAUUAGGGCAUCAGAUGAUUUCUGGCCAAAAGACCCUGCAUCUCACACGAUUCACAUUGCAUCAUUAUGAGGCAACACUCAGUCAUCCUCGGGAGGAUCCACCAGUUCACCAUUCACAAUCUUCUUAAAGUAGCCCAUUCCCCCAAUGUCGAGAUCGGCGUACAGAAAUCUUAUUUGAGAGGUUGCCGCAUCAAAGCCUUGAACAAAUUUCGUCAAAGAGUCCAUCUUCGCGGCUUGAAGGUCAUUCUGGAGUUUCUCCACCUCAAGCUUCAUCAAGGACAAGUCGUUCUCAAAAACAUUCGCAGCAUCGGCCGACUUGUCCCGGGCCAGGCGCAUCUCGGCCAACUCGCUCUCCAUCGCAACCUUCUCGGCAGCCCAAACUUGCUUCUCUUCUUCGAAGAUGCGACGACCCUCCAGCAACUUGUCUCGCUCGUUGGCUACCCACUUGAAGUCAGCUCUACUCUUAUUCAAACCCUCCUCUAAGGAAACGAUCCUUUUUCCUUGCAACUUAGUCUCCCUCACUAAGCUGCGAAUUUUAUCUUCGUGGACCAACGAAAGAGCCGAGAGGCGAUUGGUAAGUGACUCGACGCCCUUGGUGAUGGUGAAAGCACUCAUCUUCUCCAAAUCGUCUCGGUCGCCUUCUAGCAAGUCGGUUCCCCGAAUGUGAGCACUGUGGUUGAACUUCUCGUCCCAAAAAAGAAACAACAUUGCCACGGUCGUCCCCAUGGUUCACCAGCUCCCAAUUCUCGCCGAGACAGGCACUCAGGGUCCUCUCGGCCGAUUGAACUUCGGUGUCGCCUUUGUCCAUCUCGGCGGCCACGACCGUCUCCAAGUUAACAACCGAUAUCGACUUAUCGGCCUCGCGACGGCGCUUUUGAGGGGUCUCGCCAAUAGUUCUCGACUUCACCACCGGACUUCCGGUCUCCGCAACCUUCUCGGAAGCCGACUCACCAACAGCAGCAGCUUGGGAAACCUUUUGUUGUUUCCAGAGUUUCAUCAUUUCCCGGUUGCUCAGACUAGCCAUUCUUGCUGCAAAGGGCAAUCAACGAACAAGUCAUAAUAAGAAAAAGACGUCAAACAAAGAAGGAAGUUGUUAAACUUAAAACAGCAGGAUACCAAUGUGAAUUUUCAAUUCCUGAGGCCUACUCUCUAGGUCUAGGAGUUUCCCCGUAUUGAAAAAGGUUUUCAAAUCUUCAAUUUUCUUAACGUCGACCCGGUCGCUCUCGGAAAGCUUCUCGGCAUCUAGCCCACCGAAGGCUAUCGUUUUCUGGUUCCAGUACAAGGGGAACCCUUCUAACACAUCUUCGUGACCCGGUAAACUACGCACUCGGAAAAAUGAUUUUUUGAAAUCUUUGUAGGACGAUUGAAAUAAGGACAACAAGCCCCGACCCGAAACCCCGCUAACGGAUACCCAGCUAGUACGUUUGCUAACCCUACUCUCAAAAAAAUAGAAAAACUUAUCUGUAGUCGGGGUUAUACCGAGUCCCUCACACAAGAUCUCAAACACUCGCACAAAGGCCCAACUAUUGGGAUGUAGUUGGGUCGGGGCAACACCCAAAACUCGAAGUACCCCCUUUUCACAGUGGGUUAGGGGCCAUCUCACCCUAAUUUUAGAAAUAAGAGUGGUGUAGCAAAAUGUAAAUUUUUCAGUUGAGGGUGAACUAACACACACUGGUUCCUUAUCGACACAAGGUUCACACAUAACUACUUCGUCCCCGUCACGGCAGACUACAUGGUCUCUGCAAAAGCUGUCCAUGGCUUCCC